UGUCGAAACACUCUACAAUCCUGGCAACCCUGACAACGCUGUCAAACUUCCGGAAGCACAUUUUCUUUUUUCUUCUACAACAACUGGUCGUCACGACAUCACAAAAAAAAUCCAAAAAACUAAAAAUUUAAAGACGAGAUGGGAAAAAAGCAAAAGAAUCAGAAGGCCGCUGCCACCGCCGCUGCCACGGCCUCUGCCACCGCCGCUGCCACGGCCGCUAUCAAUGUCGGCGAAGCUGCCUUUAAAGCUGCCACAAAAGAUAUGUGGCUGGACAAAGCGCUUACCUUUGGCCGGGACGAAGAAGCCCCUUCCACUUCAAAGAAGAGCAAAAACCCGGACUACAACGAAGCAAUGCAGCAACUGAUGGAGAUGACCAAGAAAUACCCCCAGCUGGGGGACCAUGCUUGCACGGCUUUGUCUGAUGACGAGGUGGACUCUGAUGACGAUGUGACUGAUGCUGUGGGCAGUUUGGACCCGCAAGCUGGGGCCAUGCCCCUCGGCGCACAUAGGCAGUCGCGUGGCGAGAAGAAGGCCCGCCGUUUGCUCUCGAAGCUAGACCUGAAGCCCGUGGAGAACGUCAGCCGCGUGACGAUGCGCAAGAACAAGAACAUCUUGCUCUAUAUCGAUCAGCCCGAUGUCUUCAAGGUCGGCGACUCUUACCUUUGCUUCGGCGAUGUGAAAGUCGAGGACAUCACCCAGAUGGCCACCGCUCAGGCUGCCGAGCGCUUUCGCGAGAACGCCACCGCAGCCGAUCAGAGCGAGCGGGAGGCCCUUGCCUGGGCUAAAGCUAAUGAAAACGACCAGGAGGAGCCGGAGUUCGACGAGGAACUUCUCAUGGAACUGGACGACAAGGACAUCGAUCUGGUCCAGAUGCAGGCCACCUGCUCGCGCACCAAGGCCAUCAAAGCCCUGCUGGAUAACGAGAACGAUGUGGUGAACGCCAUCAUGGCCCUCACCCUGGCCAGCAACUAAGCGCCGAAUCAUUUAACCACUAAUCAUUUCAUUUAACAAUUUACGAUUGAUUCAACAAUAAAAAUGAUCUCAUGAUCUUGUA